CGUUUCCGUUUCCCCUCGCGGCCUGUUCUGUCGGUCACCUCCUGCUGCGCAGUUCACGCUGAACGAGACGCGUCCUCUCCCCGGUGCGCAGGCGGGAGAGGCCCGAACUGAACGCGUAAACAUCGGGCGUGGGACGCAUGAUUUUAAAGGAUAGGGUGCUGCAAAUGGAAGCGGAUGGUUUUGUGCGCAGGCGGCGGAUGACAGCGGACACAUCGGGCGGCGAUGCCGCGGUGGCCGGAGCUUCCGCGGGCGCGGAGAUACACUGGCUCGGCGGCAGGUUCUGGGGUGUUUCGGAAAGUCUCGUUGGCACUUUGACACCUCGAAUAGCAGGAGAACCGGAGCUUCAUGUUGGACAUUUGUAUGGCUCCCAAGAGGCCCUUGAUUUAUCGGAACCGGACUAUGAGGGUUUGCCCCAAGGUGCCUCCACCAGCACGCACAUGUUGGCAGGAGCAGUGGCAGGAAUCAUGGAGCAUUGCUUGAUGUUCCCUAUUGAUUGUGUGAAGACACGCAUGCAGAGCCUUCAGCCAGAGCCAGCUGCCCGCUACCGUAACGUGAUGGACGCUUUGCGGCAAAUUGUGAGGACAGAGGGAAUCUGGAGGCCAAUCAGGGGCCUGAAUGUUACAGCUGUAGGGGCGGGGCCUGCCCACGCACUUUACUUUGCCUGUUACGAAAGGUUGAAAAAGGUCCUCAGUGAUAUCAUCCAUCCAGGAGCAAACAGUCAUUUAGCGAACGGGGCCGCUGGAUGUGUUGCCACAUUGCUUCAUGAUGCUGCCAUGAAUCCAGCUGAAGUGGUGAAGCAGAGGAUGCAGAUGUAUAACUCGCCAUACCGUGGCGUUCUGGACUGUAUGCGCUGCGUGUGGCAGCGGGAGGGGGCGUUGGCCUUUUAUCGCAGCUACACUACGCAGCUCACCAUGAAUGUGCCGUUCCAGGCAUUGCACUUCAUGACCUACGAAUACCUGCAAGAGCUGUUGAACCCCCAAAGACAAUACAACCCCUCCUCCCACAUGGUGUCGGGCGCGCUGGCAGGUGCCAUCGCCGCCGCCGCCACAACACCAUUAGACGUUUGCAAGACGCUGCUGAACACGCAGGAGUCUCUGGCUCUCGAUUCUGUCAGCCAGAGCGGAAGACACAUCUCAGGCCUCGGCCAUGCCUUCCGGACUGUCUACAGGCUUGGCGGCCUGCCUGCUUACUUCAAAGGCGUUCAGGCUAGGGUCAUAUACCAGAUGCCCUCCACUGCCAUCAGCUGGUCCGUCUACGAGUUCUUCAAGUACAUUAUCACCAAACACCAGCACGAGAAGCGCAGGAUCCAGAGAGACGGAGAGAAGUAGCUGUUUGUUGAUGGCAAGCCCUUGGCUUUCUCUCGCAUAACCAACCAGAUGAAGCACUCAAGCUGCAAAUGGACUGAUUUAAUAAAUGAUACGCACAUAUAGAGUCCAAACACUCAUGUCUGUUUACUUCCUUUCAGUCAGCAUUUAAUACUUUCCUGUAUAAUUUAGCUAAUAAUCAUGACCUAAGUUUUCACUGUGACGGCUCAAGUUUUUGUUCACUCAGCCCAAAAAAAACAUCUUUGUGAGUCCCACAAGAGGGCAUCAGAGGCCUCUCCAGACUUUAUAUGCUAAUGAGGGGGCGGUCCUUUAAUGUGUGGGUGGGCUUUAGAGCCUCUAGACUUCUCAAUUCCUUUUUUCAUCUAAACAGUACCCAGAAGAGCAAACCUGAAACAACUUUUUAUGUACCCAGCCAAAACCAAUACGCACAAUUGAAGACAUAUCUGUACAUUCGAAUUGGGAUUUUAAAUGUCAUUUAAAUCAGUUUAUGGCAGAAUGUAGACCUGUACAGUAAUUUAUUGCCUUCUCUGGCUGAAUAGCACUCAGAGAUAAUGAAAGAUAUAUAUGUUAGAGGUAUUUUUGUAGAAUUUGGCGGUGGCAUUUCAUCAGCACUUGUGGGAGAUGUUCCUGCAGUUGAUCCAAAAAUUUCAGGCAGAGAUCAAUGCCCCUCCACAACUUCUAGAAAUAGUUUUGAGGUCUCUAGGGGACGCCACGUAGAUCCUGUAUAGCAGCUUUAGAAAGACACCCAGUCCUUUCUGGCCAGCAUUAGUAUUAUCCAUUCAACAACAAUGCCUUACACAUGCAGAUCACAUGACCUGAGUGUCAUUUAAAUCAGAUUCAUUAUCUGUUGAGGUUGUUCUGAGUAAUUAAAUGAAUAUGAAUUGGUUUGAGUUAUUUCUUGAAGGACACUGGAAUGUAUUUCGGUUUGCUCUUAACUGAAUUUGAGCUCUUGUGUUUGAGAGUUUCAGCUGAAACGCACCUGGCAGUUGAACACGUAUGGAGUUUUAUUGAUGGAAAUCUGACUGCCCUGUUCCUUUUUGUUCCUCAGCUUUCAAUAAAUUAGCAGUGCAGGAAUUUCCCUGGCUUGCAUAAGCUGA